CAAAAAAAGAUUACUGGCACGUUAACCUACCAGCUCACCGCAGGUCAGUACAAAUACCGAGGAUUUGGAGAAAACAGCGGUGGCAAUUGACGUGGGGAUUUAACCCCCUUCCGAACGCAGUGCUGGGCUGAAAAAGACCCCUGUGCAGCAGUGCAAAGAUGGUGCCGAGGGGUGUCUGGUGUGUGUUGUUGACUUGUCUCUUCUGCACAUCCUCCGCUGAAAAAGAUUUCUUCACCUCCAUCGGUCAGAUGACAGAUCUGCUGUACACAGAAAAGGACCUGGUCACCUCUCUGAAGGAUUACAUCAGAGCAGAGGAGAGCAAGCUGGAGCAAGUCAAAACGUGGGCUCAGAAGCUGGACGUGUUGUCGGCCACGGCCACGCAGGACCCAGAGGGCUUCCUGGGCCACCCGGUCAACGCCUUCAAGCUGAUGAAGAGACUCAACACAGAGUGGGGAGAGCUGGAAAGCCUGGUUCUCAAGGACAUGUCUGAUGGGUUCAUCUCCAACCUGACCAUCCAGAGACAGCACUUCCCCAAUGAUGACGACCAGACGGGGGCAGCCAAGGCCCUGAUGAGGCUGCAGGACACCUACCGGCUGGACACGCAAACCAUCUCCACGGGAGAGCUGCCUGGAACCAAUACGGAUGUCACUAUGAGCCCGAUGACGGUGGAGGACUGCUUUGAGCUGGGGAAGAUAGCCUACUCUGAUGCAGACUACUACCACACGGAGCUGUGGAUGGAGCAGGCCCUGAAACAGCUGGACGGGGGAGAGGAGUCCACUGUGGACAUGGUGACCAUCCUGGAUUACCUCAGCUACUCUAUCUACCAGCAGGGGGAGCUAGAGAGGGCCCUGGACUACACCAAGAGACUGCUGAAAUUGGACUCUGCCCACCAGCGAGCCAAUGGCAACCUGAAGUACUUUGAGUACCAGCUGGCCAAGCAGAAGAAGGUGGAGGCAGAGGAGGGCCUGAAGGAGAAGGAGGAAAGAGAGCGGGAGAAGCGGGAGGUGUCUGAGAAGAAGGGCAGACCUGCAGACUACCUGCCUGAGAGGAGGAAGUACGAACAGCUGUGUCGCGGCGAGGGCAUCAAGAUGACCCCACGGCGUCAGAGUCGUAUGUUCUGCCGUUACUCUGACAACAACCGUCACCCCCUAUACGUGCUGGGUCCCGUCAAGCAGGAGGACGAGUGGGACCGCCCACGCAUCAUCCGUUACCAUGACAUCCUCUCCAACAGCGAGAUCGAGAAGGUCAAAGAGCUGGCCAAACCCAGGCUGCGCCGGGCCACCAUCUCCAACCCCAUUACUGGUGUGCUGGAGACCGCCCACUAUCGCAUCAGCAAGAGGCGCGCCACCGUGCAUGACCCCCAAACAGGGAAACUCACCACGGCCCAUUACAGAGUCUCCAAGAGUGCGUGGCUAACCGCCUAUGAGGAUCCAGUAGUGGACAAGAUAAACCAGCGCAUUGAGGAUAUCACCGGCCUGAAUGUCAAGACAGCAGAGGAGCUGCAGGUGGCAAAUUACGGCGUGGGUGGGCAAUACGAGCCCCACUUUGACUUUGGGCGGAAAGAUGAACCAGAUGCAUUUAAAGAGCUGGGCACCGGGAACCGCAUCGCCACCUGGUUAAUUUACAUGAGUGACGUGCCAUCAGGGGGCGCCACUGUCUUUACAGACGUGGGAGCUGCAGUGUGGCCCAAAAAGGGAAGUGCGGUGUUCUGGUAUAACCUGUUUGCCAGCGGGGAGGGUGACUACAGCACACGGCACGCAGCCUGCCCCGUCCUGGUGGGCAACAAGUGGGUGUCUAACAAGUGGAUUCACGAGCGAGGCCAAGAGUUCAGAAGACGUUGUACUCUGGACGAGUCUGACUGAUCAAACGGAAUAAAACACCUUUUUCCUAAUCCUCGUCUUCCUCUUCCAAUCCCUCCUCCUGGACCCACCUGACUCUCGGCUCUGUGCACGCUGGGGGGUGAAGUGCCCUCUGACCUCCCCACCCCCUUCCUCUCCUUCCUUCUCUCCAAACUCAAGAGUUCACUCAGUGGUUCUCUGAGGCUCUGGCUGCUCAUGUGAUCUGUCACAUUUAAUUUUUUAUCUGGUGUGUGUGUGUGUGUGUGUGUGUGCGGUUCACCAGUCCCAGUCUGUGCCUUCUGUUGAUGGGUUUUGCACAUUCAGACUGCACAGCUGUCUUAAAACCUGGGGAACUUUUAUUUAACUCUCACCCUUUAACAUGGACUUUUAUGUUGAUACUAUCAACAAAAUACUCAAUUAACUAGUUCAGCGUUUCCCAACUCUGGUCCUUGAAUACCCCAACAGUACACAUUUAUAUUGUAGCCCCCAGACAAGCACACCUGAUUCAACUUGUCAACUCAUCAUCAAGCCCUUGAUAAGUUGAAUGAGAUGUGUUUGUCCAGAACUCCAAUGAAAUGGUGUACUGUUCGGAGGACUGGGUUCGGAGGACUGGAGGACCGGAGUUGGGAAAACACUGAACUAGAGCAAUCAACACAGCUGCUUCUCCCUUUGCAACUUCCUACAACAUGACAUAUUUUCAUGUGCACUUCUCGUUUCCUUACCAUCACUCCAAUCCUCUCCUCGCCCACUGUGACCCAGCACACAGAGGGACGUGACCAGUCAUAAAGGCACUGUCAGACUCUCCCACGAUGUCCCCCCUUCUCCUCCUCUCCCUCUCUAUCAACAGGUCAGAAUCAGAUGACCCCCACAUAUCAAGCCUCCUGGGAUUUAAGACACUUGACCCAUCUUGGUCUGACCUGCAGAGCAUACACAGGGCUAGACUGGGGGGGGGUCGUCGUCGCUGGAAAGAUGGAGGUUUAUUGGUUGGUUGUGCUAUGACAGUCAGGGUUACUCAAUAGGCCAAGGCUCUAAAUAAUGUCCGUUCUAGUUGUGUACGCGUAUGAAACAAUGUGGUGCAACCUGAUGCGUUAAGACAGGGGAUCACCAAUGUUACUGCAAAGACUUGCUAUAAUGUGACCGUGCUCAGAAACCAUUCUUUACAUUGUUGAUGGAAUCUUUUAUAUAGUACACUAUGCACAGGGUCUGGGUUACUAUCGGACUAAGGGAAGGUCUCUGAACAGUGCUUAUGACAAGUGAUUAUCACUGAUUCACUGUGAUAUAUUGACAGAGAAGCUGUGCCAGCCCCCCCCCUCCCUCUUUUCCUUCUCUCUCUCCCUUACACCCCUCUUCUCCACCAAGGCCAUGCAUGCCUCGGGGCUAUUUCAGCCCUGAGGUCAUUCACUCCACGACAAACACUACUGCAUCUGCUGCACAAAUAAACACUGACUUUUAAAGCCAAAGGUACACGAUGUCUUUUAGUUUUUCUGCCUCUCCCCCCGCUCUGUCUCUCUCAACGCGCUCUGUUCCUCCUGUGUCUCCCACUCCUCUCUCUGCCUUGGUGAAAUACAGUAAACUAAAGCUCGUACCUGAUCAACUGAUGAUUCAAUCAACUGAUGAUUCAUUGGGUUUGAUGAUAAUAGGAUUUCAUCCCUAAAAUGACUGAAUGAAAUAUGACGCUAAGAAUCGAUAAGAAAUAUUUCUUCCGUAUCACUCCAAACCUGGUUCCUCCACUCCACAGUUUAAGCCUAUGCUGACCCUGGGAAUAACGAUAGCUCAUGAGAGGCAGUUGCUGAUUUUGUUCAGAGGGUCCCUGGUUCGAGCCCGGGUUGGGGGGCAAGGAGAGGGACAGAAGCGACACGGUUACAUGUAUAUCCUCCCAGAUGCAGGCCUUCUUUUUAUUUUGAAUUGUAAUGAUGAUGGGAUGUGUGGGGAUAUGUGUUGUACAUGUGAGAUUAAUGUUUUCUACAGAAAUAAAUAUUACGUUAAGUAAAGAA